CCAUGGCUGGCAUCACAAAUAGAGCAUGAAGAAUUGAAGGAAACUUGGCGUUGGGUAUGGCAUCCAAAAAGCAUGACGAAGUUGGCCCAUUUUUCAUUUAUGGGCCUAAUCCUUCACCAAUGGAUACGGCUUGCAUGCGGAGGCCCAAACUCUUCAGCCCGGAGUAACUCGUUUUGUUAAGGCCCAUAUAAAUGAGCGGGUAAAUUGGUAAAGUGAGUUGAGAUGAUCGCCGCUGGAGUAAAAGCGUCGGAGAACGAGACGACGCCUAUAGCUUAACAGUUAACUGGUUCUGCAGCUGAGAGAAUCGGCCGUCGGCCUUGAGGAAUUUCACCGGACAGUUUCUGCGGUGGCGGCGCAACCACCACCCAACGCUACUUUCGCCGAUAGCUACUGAUCGGCGGCUGGAGAAUGCGAGUGAAAUGAAACAGGGAGGAGGAUGCUGAAAAACUCAGGCUAUCAGCCGAAACUCGGUGGUAUUGCUCUCUGGUAUCCCAAUUCACAGUAGUUGCUCAAUUAGCUGCCAUUUGACGCAUAGGCUGAUAAGUUGGGAUGUUGUACGGCCAUGGAAGUGAAAUGGGUUUCAGCUUGUUUCCUCUUUAAAACCCUGAAAGUGAAUCUGCUGCCGUGGCUGGUAUUGUGUAUGCUGUGUUCAUGGCAAUGUCUAUCUGUUGAUCUCAACCCACAAGAAAAGGCUUCCCUGUUACUGAUUCGCUCGUGGAUUGAUGAUGACCCAAACCACUCAUUGUCAAGCUGGGUUGGCUCCAACUGCACGAAUUGGACGGGGAUUGGAUGCUACAACUGGGGAUGGCAAUGGGUCGGGUUGGGUCGGGUUUUGCCAAACCCAAACCCAUGGGUUUAUCCGUGAAAAAAAAUUCGGGGUAAAACCCACUGGGUUUGAAAAACUCAAACCCAACCCAACCCGCUGGGUAUCCGCGGGUUCAUGGGUACCCACGGGCUUUUGUCGUAAAAAAUUUACAAUAACAACUUCCUAUCAAAGUUAAAGUCAAAUAUCAAUCUCUCAAUACAAAUUAUCCAUAUUUAAAACACCAUUAUAGAAAAUUCAAGCAAAUCACAAAUUAACUAUACAAAUUGUUCAACACCAAUCUAGAAAACUCAAGAAAAUUGAAGUAAAUCAUAAAUUAUCCAUAAAUAACAUGAUUAAUUGAAGGCUUCUUCAUUUCAAUUAAUUUUUUUCACUCUCCACUCGAUAACACAAACUUCAUUCUACACAAUUAGAAAGAAAAAAUUAGACAUGUCUCCACAAACAUAAAUAAGAUUAGUUGUUUAAUAUAUUAAAUACACCGAGAAAAUUAAUUAUAUGUGUGGGCGGGUACCCACGGGUCGGGUUUACCAAAACCCAAACCCAACCCAACUCGGUGAAUAGUGAACGGGUUUAAACCCAAACUCGACCCAAAAUCCGUCAACACGGAUUUUACCCGCGUUGACCGGGUUAGGUCGGAUGGGUACCCGUGGGUUCGGGUUUGGUUGCCAUCCCUAGCUACAACCACACAGGCCGAGUUAUCUCAAUUGAUUUCACCACCAUGAAUCUUUCAGGUCGAAUUCAUCCUAGCAUGUGCAAGCUUGUCGAUCUCGAGUCCUUGAUUCUUUCGACGAAUAGCUUUUUUGGUCAAGUCCCAGCAUGCUUUGGUUGGUUGAAGAACCUCAGAACCCUUGACCUGAGCCACAACAAAUUCCAUGGUGUUUUGCCUGAUAGUCUGAUGAGGCUUGGUCAGCUGAGAGAACUUGUACUGCGUGGGAAUCUGGAUCUGGGUGGUGCUAUUCCAUCUUGGCUUGGCAAUUUCUCAACCAGUUUGGAAAAACUGGACUUGGGUUUCAGUUCAUUCCACGGCCAAAUGCCUGAUAGCUUGUUUCAGUCCAGGUCGUUGAAGUACUUGGAUUUUGAAAGCAAUCAUUUAUCAGGUACCAUUGCUGAGUUCUCUCAGCCUUUGAUGUUCCUCAAUCUCGGGUCUAAUUCUUUUUCGGGUACUUUACCAUGUUACUCUGCUGCUGCUCAUUCCCUCAAGGUUCUAAAUUUGGCUAACAAUUCCAUUGUUGGAGGGAUUCCUACGUGCAUUGCUUCACUGGCGGAAUUGACUCAUCUCAAUUUAUCACUUAACCAGUUGAACUCUAUAUCCCCUAGACUCAUUUUCUAUGAGAAGCUUCUUGUGCUGGACUUGAGCUUCAACGAUCUCUUCGGUCCACUUCCAGCUAAGAUUGCAACAACGACGGAUAAAUCAGGGCUUCUUCUUCUCGACCUAUCUCACAACCGUUUCUCUGGCUCUAUCCCAUUAAAGAUGACGGAGCUGAAAAGCUUGCAAGCUUUGUUUCUUUCUCACAAUUUGCUUACUGGUGAAAUCCCUGCAAGGGUUGGAAAUUUGACCUACCUCCAAGUGAUAGAUCUCUCGCACAACACAUUGUCAGGCUCAAUACCUUUGACGAUUGUUGGGUGUUUUCAACUGCUGGCCCUGGUGCUUAACAACAACAAUCUCUCUGGUGAGAUUCAGCCUGAGCUAGAUGCAUUGGACAGCUUGAAGAUACUUGAUAUAAGCAACAAUACGAUCUCAGGUGAGAUUCCUUUGACUUUAGCUGGAUGCAAGUCCCUUGAGGUUGUGGAUUUCAGUUCCAACAAUCUCUCGGGCAGUAUCAACGAUGCAAUUACCAAAUGGCUGAAUCUCAAGUAUAUCUCGCUUGCUCGGAACAAGUUCACCGGAAAUCUACCUAGUUGGUUGUUCUCUUUUCAAGCAAUCCAAAUAAUGGACUUGUCGGGGAACAAAUUCUCCGGCUUUAUCCCAGAUGGUAACCUGAACGUGAGCUUCGAUUUCAACAAUGCAAGCUACAAUGGGACGAGACUUCCAAUGGAAUCACCUGAGAUACAGAUAUCUGUUGCGGUUGUUGGCAUCAACGAGUUAACAUUCAGUUACCAACUACCAUCAACAGUUGUUAUUGAUCUAUCUGAUAACUUGCUACGUGGUGAGAUUCCAGACACCAUAUUUGCCCUACGAGGUUUGGAGUACCUGAACUUAUCCUACAACUCUCUCAACGGUGAGAUUCCAAAUCUGGAGAAGAUGUGGAGUUUGAGAGCUCUCGAUCUGGCGCACAAUGCUCUUUCUGGGGAGAUUCCACAGAACAUUUCGAGUCUUCGUGACCUAGCAGUUUUGAACUUGUCGUUCAACAGUUUUUCUGGGUCCGUACCAAAGAAUGAGAGUUACAAGAGGUUCCCGGGAGCAUUUGCUGGGAACCCACAUUUGUGCUUGGUGGAGGAAGGAUGUGAUGAUGGUGCGAGCCAGCUGGCAAUUCCCGGAAGGUCAUUUCGUGGAACGAAUGAUGAAGGGCCGAUAUUGGCAUGGGUUUUCUGCUUGAGUGCUGUAGUUAGUUGCUAUUCUAGUCUUAUGGUUCUGUUCUGUUCGGCGAAAACCAGAAGGUACAUCUUCCACACAAAAGGUUCAUGCUGUGUUUGCAAGUAAAUUGCAGUCUGCUAAUUGGAUAUUGUAAAACUAGCUUAUGGUUUGUAUGUAUUAUGUAGCCAUAGCAAUGGCUUGAUGUAAUGUUUGAUGCAAUCGCUGAGUAGUAUGUAUGCAAAGUGUUGUUGCUUCUUCUUUUUCUGCACAAUGAAAAUCUUCUUCAUUU